AGAGCUGAAGUUUAAAUAGGUAUAAUUUCAAUUGAUUGAGUUUUUUUUUUUUUUUGUCUGGUUUCUUUCUAUCGUCACCUUUUCUUUUUAUUAUAGAGAUAAUAGCAACCAUGUCGCAAAAAGAGUUACAAACUAUUGAAACAAAUCAUGAGGAUAUGAUUCACGAUGCUCAGCUCGACUAUUAUUCUCGCCGUUUAGCUACAGCUUCAUCUGAUCACACCAUCAAGAUUUUCAACGUUGAUGGCGAUAAUCAAACUUUAACUCAUACUAUCACAGACAAUACAGCUCCCGUUUGGCAAGUGGCAUGGGCUCACCCUAAAUUCGGCACCAUCUUGGCAUCUUGUGCCUAUGAUGGCCGUGUUCUUAUUUUUAAGGAACAAAACGGUACCUGGUCGAAAAUUCAUGAAAGCAACAAACACACUGCUUCAGUCAACUCUGUUGCUUGGGCACCUCAUGAACUUGGUGCUAUUUUGGCUUGUGCUUCUUCUGAUGGUAAGAUCUCUAUUCUUGAAUAUAAAGAUGAUGGAUCUUGGGAAACACAGUUGAUCGAUGCACAUGGUAUUGGCUGUAAUGCAGUUACAUGGGCACCUGCUGCCAUUCCCGGUAGUUUGGUUCAAACUAAUGGCGGUAACCCCAACGUUAAUGUUAUAAAGAAGAUUGUUUCUGCAGGUUGUGAUAAUUUAAUCAAGAUUUGGGGUUACAAGGAUGAUUCUAAAUCUUGGCAAGAGGAGGAAACAUUGGACGGACAUUCUGAUUGGGUUCGCGAUGUAGCUUGGGCGCCUAAUGUCGGACUCCCCAAGAGUUAUUUAGCAAGUUGCUCUCAAGACAAAUCUGUUUUGAUCUGGACACAGGAACAUCCCAAAGCAGAAUGGACUCACAAAAUUUUGGGUGAAAAAUUCCCUGAUGUUGUUUGGCGCGUAAGUUGGUCAUUGUCUGGUAACGUUUUGGCCGUCUCUUGUGGCGAUAACAAGGUGACUUUGUGGAAGGAAUCUUCAAAGGGUGAUUGGGAACUUCUCGAAACUCUCGAGGAAAGUACUUAAUAAAUCUACAAUUUUUCUUUUCUUUACCUCUUAUCUCCUUUUUUUUCCACACUAUAAAUAUAUAAUAAACUGAUUUUAAUUACAGUGGUUUAUUAAAA